AUGCAGCAGAAGACCAAAUUAUUUCUCCAGGCUCUGAAGUAUUUUGUCCCUCGCGUUGGAAAAUGCAUGCAGAAUCAGCCUUUGAAUCACUGUAACUUCACUGAUCAUUGUCAUAAUAGAGUAAAAUCAAGAAAGUAUCGCCUAAUCAAGUGUCUGCAGAAUAGAAACAAGAAACCAGACUUAGCAAGACAUUUCUCAAGGCGGAGAUACUCCCAUAAGAACCUUCUGCCUGUUGCGUACAAAAAGGAAAAAUACUCUUCAAAAGACAUGGAUGCGUUUGAAAAAGUGAGAGCAAAAUUAGAAACACAACCACAAGAAGAUUAUGAAAUCAUUAAUGCAGAGGUUAAACAUGGUGGUUUUAUUUACUACCAAGAAGGUGGCUACUUAGUUCGUUCAAAGGAUGACGAAGACGGUGAUAACUAUGAAGUUCUACUCAAUUUGGAGGAACUUAAAUUAAACCGUCCUAUAAUUGAUUGUAUCCGAGUUGCUCCAGAUGAAAAGUACUUGGCAGCCAAGGUCAGAUCUCAGCAUUCUGAAUCAUCUUCCUGCCUAGUUGUGAAGAUCUUUGAUCAGCCGGCAGUGGAAGCUUCUUUCCCAAAUGUGUCCAGUGUGGAAUGGGUAAAAGAUGAAGAAGGGGAAGAUGUUUUAUUCUACACUUUCCAGAGAAACCUACGCUGUAAUGACGCAUAUCGAGCCACUUUUGGUGAAAACAAACGUAAUGAACGUUUCUACACGGAAAAAGACUCCAGCUUUUUUGUUUUCCUCUAUCUCACAAAAGACAGUCGUUACCUCACUUUAAAUAUUAUGAGCAAGACUACUUCUGAAGUAUGGAUGAUAGAUGCCAUGAGUCCUUGGGACCCACCAAUCCUUAUCCAGAAGCGAAUUCCUGGGGUCCUUUACUAUGUUGAACACAGAGAUGAUGAACUAUACAUUCUCACUAAUCUUGGUGAACCUACAGAAUUCAAGCUAAUGAGAACAUCAGUUGAUAGUCCCGCUGUUAUGAAUUGGGAUUUAUUUUUCACCAUGAGGAAAAAUACCAAAGUUGUGGACUUGGACAUGUUUAAGAAUCACUGUGUUCUGUUCCUAAAGCACAGCAAUCUACUUUAUGUUAAUGUGAUUGGUCUGAUUGAUGAUUCAGUGCGAUCUCUAAAGCUCCCUUCUUGGGCCUGUGGAUUCAUACUGGAGGGAAACCCCGACCUAAAGAACUGCCCUUUCCAGCUCUGCUCUCCAAUACGGCCCCCAAAAUACUACACCUACAAGUUUGCAGAAGGCAAGCUCUUUGAGGAAACUGGGAAUGAAGACCCAAUCACAAAGAGUAGUCGUGUUUUACGCCUACAAGCCAAAAGUAAGGAUGGAAAAUUAGUGCCAGUAACUGUUUUCCACAAAACGGAUUCUGAGGAGGACUUGGAGACAAAACCACUCCUGGUCCAUGUAUAUGGAGCUUAUGGAAUGGAUUUAAAAAUGAAUUUCAGACCUGAAAGACGGGCAUUAAUUGAAGAUGGAUGGAUAUUAGCAUAUUGCCAUGUUCGGGGUGGAGGUGAGUUAGGCCUCCAGUGGCACAUUGAUGGCCGUCUAAUGAAAAAACUCAAUGGCCUUGCUGACUUAGAGGCUUGCAUUAAGAUGCUUCAUGACGAAGGCUUUUCCCAGCCAAGUCUAACAAUGCUGACUGCUUUCAGUGCUGGAGGGGUGCUUGUGGGAGCAUUGUGUAAUUCUGAACCAAGUCUCCUGCGAGCUGUGGUUAUGGAGGCACCUUUCUUGGAUGUCCUCAACACCAUGAUGGACACUGCACUUCCUCUAACUGUAGAAGAAAUAGAAGAAUGGGGAAAUCCUGCAUCUGAUGAAAAACAAAGGAAUUACAUAAAGCGUUACUGCCCUUAUCAGAAUAUUAAGCCUCAGCAUUAUCCUUCAAUUCACAUCACAGCUUAUGAAAAUGAUGAACGUGUACCUCUGAAAGGAAUUGUAAACUACACUGAGAAACUUAAGGAAGCCAUUGCAGAGUAUACUCGGGAUGCAGGGGAAGAUUACCAGAGCCCCAAUAUUAUUUUAGAUAUUCAACCUGGAGGAAAUCAUGUGGUUGAAGAUUCGCAAAAAAAGAUUACAGCCCAAUUUAAAUUCCUGUAUGAGGAGCUUGGACUUGACACCACCAAUGUUUUUGAGAAAAUUAAAAAAUAUUUUAAAUUGUGAAAUGACUGCAUUCAACUGGGGAUAGGAAACGUGCUGAAGUAUUUGUCUAUUUCCGAUUGGAUUA